CUCAAAUCAAAAAUUGUUUUUGUUGAAUUUUAUUAAAUAAUUGAUAAUUUGAAGAUGGUGUUGCCUCCAGCUAGCGGAACUGGGCUAUAUUAUGCCAGAGCAGCGAAAUCCAUCCGUCUUAUUCGCCAGGGUUGUACAAAUAGACCGUUCUUUCAUAUUUCAGUCACUCACCGAAGGCGGGUAAAUAAGCAGCCAGUCAUAGAACAACUUGGUUCCUAUGAUCCAAUGCCAAAUCAAAAUAAUGAGAAACUGGUUGCCCUUAAUUUAGAAAGAAUAAAGUUUUGGCUUGGUCAAGGCGCUCAUGUUACAACACCAGUAGGUGAACUGCUUGGUUUGGCAGGGUUCUUCCCUAUUCACCCACGGACGUACAUGAUGGCUUGGAGGAACAGGAGUAAAGAAAGAGAAGCAUUAGAAAAGGAAGCUCAGAAAGAAAAUGAAAGUAAAUCUUAGGUUAUAAGUUACAUUGUUAGUUAGUAAAUUGUUUAGUCUUAA